AUGAGUGAUUCUGUUCUUUAUCGUGGAACCCUUGAUGGUCAUAGGGGUUGGGUCACCCAAAUCGCAACCAAUGCUCAGCACCCAGAUGUCAUUUUGUCUUCUUCUCGAGACAAAUCCGUUAUCAUCUGGAAACUCGACAGCCAAUCCGGAAAGUUCGGCGUUCCCAAGCGUUCACUUCAUGGACAUAGCCACUUCGUAAGCGAUGUAGUUAUGUCAUCUGAUGGUCAAUUUGCCAUCUCUGGUUCCUGUGACCGAACUUUGCGUUUGUGGGAUCUGAAUACCGGUAAAACCGCCACAAGUUUCGUCGGCCACACUAAUGAUGUACUCAGUGUCCACUUCAGUGCUGACAAUCGCCAAAUUGUGUCUGGUUCUCGAGACAAGACUGUAAGACUGUGGAACACUCUUGGCCUUUGCAAGUACACUUUUGAUGUUGAUGGUCAUACUGACUGGGUUUCGUGCGUUCGCUUCUCUCCAAAUGUUGAAAAUCCUAUCAUUGUUACCGCUGGAUGGGAUAAGACUGUCAAAGUGUGGAACCAAUGCAACUGCAAGCUCAGGACGGACGGUCUUGGUCAUCAAGGCUACAUUAAUAAUGUGACCAUUUCUCCUGACGGCACCCUCUGCGCUAGCGGUGGAAAAGACGAGAACGCUUUACUCUGGGAUUUGGGAUCCUCAAAGUACCUCUACAGCCUUCCUGCCGGUGCUGAAAUUAAGGCUCUUUGCUUCUCACCAACCCGCUACUGGCUCUGUGCUGCUGCUGGCUCUACUAUCAAGAUCUGGAACUUGGAAGAUAAGGAACUUGUUGAGGAACUCCAGGUUGAGCCAAUUGCCAACCCUGAGUCCAAAAAGCUAAAAUCACCCAUUUGCAACUGCCUUGCAUGGUCUGCUGAUGGUUCUACUCUUUUUGCUGGCUAUACUGAUAACCGCAUUCACGUCUGGCAAUUCAUGCAGUCCUCAGACUAA